CACACUCACUGGAGGUGAUGCUUUCUUACUGACAAGACAUGUCGCUGUUGAGGGGUUAGACAGGAGGGCUGACUCACUUCUCCUCAUCCAGCGCUGUAGGGUUUCACACCAAGGAGAGGGAGAAGAGAGGAGGCGCGUCAAUAACUUCCUCUGCAGUGGUCUGUGAUGUUUCUGCCCUGCUGUAUGGAGAUCCCACCCUUGUAUUCGCUACUGAACGGAGUUUGAACAGUCCAUCACUGAGGAAUCGGAAAGGAUAAAGGCUCCUGUUGCUGGAAAGCGACGAGGCAGGGGGUAGAGAAGCGAGGAUUUUGAGCGGGUGUCUGUCUCUUUAAGCUGGCUGUUUGUUGCUGCAGAGUGUGUGUGUGGGUGCUGCAGUGGAGAGAGGGAGAGAGAAAGAGGGGAGAGAGGAUGAGGGUGCAUUGAUAACAGAGAGAUGAUAGAGAGGAACAAGUGGUACAGCAGAGAUUUGGGGCUCAUGUCCGCACGCUGAGGUGUGAGGGAGGUGCAGACGAGAGGGGGAAAAGUGUGAGGCAAGUUGAGGGCAUUAGGGUGUGUGUGGGGAGUCCAGUUGGAGGGGUGGCAGAGCGAGUGGAGAGGGGGCUGUUUAUACGGAGCGUGGCACCGGUGGCAGAGUGGCUGCGCUGGGAUGGCAGAGGGGGGAACUGGGGGGGCUGGCGCUGGGGCAGUCCUCAAAGGGGCGGCCGGGCGCAGGACAGUCGGAUCAGCGAGGGUUACGCGCACAGGACGGUGCCUGCCGGAUGGUGUCACCAUGCGCCAUCCAUGGCACAGAUAGCACCUCUCGUCCCUGGCCAGGAGGCGGAGCAGGGGGUCGGGUCAGAGGGAGUUGAAGGCGUCGGGGUGGGCAGAAUGUUACUGGGCCAGGUGUCCCUGCGUCUGGAUGAGGUCAGGGGCGAUUCUGAGGGGGAAGUUGGAAGUGCCUGCUUCGGACAGGUGUCCCGCCGGCUAGGGCGGCUGCUAAAGAGGCUGCCCAAGUCUCGCUCCUGGAGUGACAGCCUGAGGAUCCUCCGACGCUCAUCAUCUAACGGAUCUCUGCUCACCACCUCAGACUGUAGCUACACCUGUCAUCUGGAGUGUGAGAGCCGAGUACAGCUGGACUGCAACCGGAAGGACAGAGAAGAAGAAACUCCAUCCCCCAGAAGGCGCUGCUCCUCCGCGGCCCCUCAGUAUAGGCAGAAGCAAGCAAAGGAGGAAGAAACGAGAGGAACAAAGGACCUGCCAGAAGAGGAGGUGAAGAAAAGGAUAGAGGAGUAUAACGCUCAAGACUCUGAAAAUGGCAUGAAACUGGCUUCAGACGGAUCCUACACAGGCUUCAUUAAGGUCCACCUGAGGCUCAGUCGACCGGUCACAGUCCCCUGUGUAGAUGUGGCGGACUCAGAGGGAGCGUCCAGGCAGGCGGGGGGUCGCACUCAACCGUCAGAGGGCCAGGAAGGGACAGACUGUGGGCAAAGCGAAAAGAGAACAUCCUUCUACCUACCAAGCGACUGUGUGAAGCAGCUCCACAUCAGGUCUCUGACCACCACCAGUGAGGUCAUCCAGGGCCUGCUGAAGAAGUUCAUGGUGUUGGAUAAUCCCCGCAAGUUUGCACUGUACAAGCAGACGCACCACGAUGGACAGGAUCUGUUCCAGAAGCUUCCUCUGUGUGAGUGUCCUCUUCUUCUGAGGCUGAUUGCAGGACCCAACCCGGUGCAGCUCAGCUUUGUCCUUAAGGAAAAUGAGACUGGAGAUGUGGAGUGGUAUGGGUUCUCCCUCCCUGAGCUUCAAAACUUCCUGGUAAUCCUGGAGAAAGAGGAGGCGGAGCGUGUGCGGGCAGUGAAGCAGAAAUACAUCGCUUACCGAAAGAAACUACAACAAGCCCUACAACAACAUGACCCCUGAACCCUUCACCUGCUACCUUACGACCUCAACCCAGGGAGAGACUGACCCUUUGAACGCUGACCCCCCCCCCCCCCCCCCCUCAAAACACCUGAUCUAUUCCCAGACGGUAGCCGGAGUUCAACUUGUCGUCACCCUCCAACCCAUGCACCCAAACAUACAGCACAUCCACACACUGAUGCAUACCCUUUCUCAGGACGCAUUCAAGCCCCCCCACCGUCCACACAUCCCCUCCCUGAGGAGAGCAUCGUGGGUGGGAAAGCAAAGUGAAAGGAAACAGGUUGUGUGGUCCACUUUCUGAUUGGACAAGCAGUGUUGCCAAGGACACACACACACAGAAAGAUCCCAUCAACAGUUCACCUUAAACUCUUGCUUGAGACCUCGUUUGGGGCUGUUUAUGAAUCAGUGAUGUUUUUAAAAGGUCCCCUCUCGUUCUGCUACUGCUGCUGCUGCUGCUACUGCUACUGCAAGUGUUACUUAUGCAUGAGUCUCUCUCAGCUCAUCCUCCUGCACACAGAAGGCAUGUUUUCUUUGAUGGAAAGACAAUCAUACUGUGUCUUCUUUUUAUUUUAUUGGAAUUGAUGUAUAGGGUUAUCAUCAGGUGUAUAUUUUUGAGUACAAGACGUGUGAGGGAGUUGUUGACGGUAAGGCCUGGAGGCAAUAGGCUGUGUUUGGCUUUGGAUGCGAGAACCAGAAGGAAUAGAAAGUUAUAAGAAGGCGGGAUCUUUCUUUGAUUUUUCUCAGGGAGCAUGCGUUGAGCAAAGAGAAAACCUAAAGAAGGAAGGAAACAGAAUUCAACCUUUAUCCCUCUUUGUCUUAAUCUCAUUUAAAAAAAAAUAUUCAAUGAGUUUAUUUUUCUUCUUUAACAGAAUCAGAAAUCCAUCCGACCUAGUUACCAAUCCCCUCCUCACACACAAGCCCAAACACUUAUCAGAUGAUAACUGUGAUAUCAUUUUCCAUCCCUAAAUCCUGAUCCAUCAACCCCUGCAUGAACGCUGAGCGAGGAAAUCCACAAACCUUUACAGAUGAUUUUACACUUUAUUGUAAAAGUGAUUUUACACUGUUCGUUUAUGGGUUGCAUUUGAAUGAGAGAAGAUUUAUUUUACACCAAAGCGUAGAGGGAGAAAUCUAUUGGGAGGAUGUGAAAGGGAAGAGAGACAUUCGGGAGGUGGUGUAUGUAAAAAGAUUAAACCAGCUUCUGUUUUUGCACAUUUAGAUGCAGUCACUGAAAGGCCCACGACUCUAGGGCUGGGCAUGCAUUUCUGCCUCCCUUUUCUUUUUAACCUCCACUAACAUUUACUCAAAAAAGAAACAAAACAUAUUUAGAGUUCAUGACAAUGGCUAUGAUGUACCAAUGAUGUGUUUGCAAUGCAUAUGUAUAAUGUAGACACUGGAAAAAGAGUGAAAAGGUUUAACUUUGUUGUUAUUACGGUAAAUAUUAAUAUUUUUUUGGUAUCAUUCCUACUGGUUUGUGUGUGAUUGCGUGUGUGUGUGUGUGUGUGUGUGUGUGUGUGUGUGUGUGUGUGUGUGUGCUCAUCUCGGGCAGUAAGGAUAAUGUGAAUCAUGUCUUAUAAUGAGUGUCUGUGUCACCAUUGCUUCCUCAUUGGGCCUCACUUAUCAAGUGCACAUGUGAUGUAAAAAUGAUACAGAUAUUUGGCGUGCAUCUACCAUAAAAUGAAUACAUUAAACCAAAGGUUAUUUACUAUAAACAUUUCCAACACUCCCUCACUUUUUUUCAUUUCUGUCAUUUAAUACUGUAAAAUCAUUGAUAAAUGUGGCCCGUCCAUAAGCACAUGUUUCUCAGUAGACUUGUUCUUUUUUUUGUUAACGCCACCCGAAGCUCCAAGCUGUUCCUGCUGGCAGUGCCUUUUGUUUUCGAGCCCCCUGUGGAUCUAUGUAAGGUGUGCUUAAGCACACAGGUGCCUGAGUGUUAGUGUGGGUGCUUUUGCAUGAGUGCAAAUCUGUUUCUUGGGGGGUGUGUGACAUUUAUUUUCUUUCCCUUCCCCACAUUUGUCUUUCCAACCAAACCCCUCUGUGUGGCUGGGUGCAAGUUAUUUAUUUCAUGGUCCACCUCAUCCAUAUGAUAUUGUGUCAAGGGAUGUUGAGACUUAAUGCUUUUUUUGCAAUUUAUUUUGUUUUAUUUGAAUAAGUGUGUAUAAAUAUAGCAGUAGAACUGUACAGAAUAUCACAAUUAAAUAAAAAGGUCAUCCCUUUAUUGAAA